UCCUAAAAAACUAAUUUCGUUCUAUUUGUACUUUUACCUUAGUCUCAUUCAAUGUUUUGUUAAGAAAAACAGGUGUAUUUUGAACAAUUCAAAAAAAAUUCUGAUAUGUUUCCGAAUUAUAUUUUUUUGUUUGCUGUUACGGUGUUGUUGGUCUUCACUAGAAGCUGUUAUACUUUGAAUGAACAAGAUUUCGAUGAUGACAAUGCAGUCAAAAUACCUCUAUGGGAAAGGAUUUUCAGACAGUUUCAACAACAAAAGAAGUUCUCAUCAGGCCUAGGCGAAGUUUCUAUGAAUGUAAACCAAACUUGUACACUAUGCCAUCUAAUGGUAGAUACGUUGAUAUUCGAAAUGAAAAAUGAAAUGACGCUAACGCAACUUAUCUUCGAAAUAGAAUAUUUUUGUUCUAUACUGAAUAUCGAGAAAGAAAAUGUUUGUGAAGGCGUUAUUACUCUUAACGCAGAUAUCCUUACAUACAUAGUGAAGAAUCAAACCAAAAUUGAUGGAACGAAAAUAUGUGCACUACAUUGA